AGCGUCCUAAUGAUACAGAUAUCAAAAUGGCUUCCGCUGAGGACGAUUGCGAAAAUGAUCUGCUAGAAUUUUGCAAUUAUUUCGUUGAAGAUGAAGUUGUUGAAUCGGAGAGGAGAUCGAUGUGUCCCAGAUGCAGCCGUCCUAUAACUGUUUGCUGGUGUCCUUAUUUACCUAAAGAGCGUCUGGACGUAAAAACAAAUGUCUACAUUCUACAACAUCCAUACGAGACUUCCAGACGAUUGAAGACUGCUCCCAUGUUAUAUCAAGGACUGGCCCCUGGAAAAUGUCACAUUAUUGUUGGCAAGAAAUUUUCCGAACAUAGAUAUCCACAGGUUAAUGAGAUUUUGAAAGCACCCAACACCAUCCUCCUUUACCCUGGGGAAGAUGCGAUGGACAUCCAAAAUCUCCCCCUUCACUAUCACAGCUAUAAUCUUGUUAUGCUGGAUGGAACUUGGGCCCAGGCCAAGAAUCUUUAUUGUGCAAACAAAAUUCUUUCCUACCCGAGAAAGGUACAAAUUAAUGAUAACCCCAUCAGCAAGUAUGUGAUCCGUACCCAGCCCACAGACUCUGCUCUGUCUACAUUGGAAUCAGCUGCUGUAGCUAUAUCUGUCUUGGAAAAUAGACCAGAAAUUUUUGAGAUGUUGACCAAACCUCUGGAUGCUCUGUGUAACUUCCAGAUGAAAUUUGGUGCUGUUCAGCAUCAAAGCAAGACCUAUAAAAUUGAAAAUGGACUUUGGAAUAAACCUCUCUCUAAAAAAUUCUUAAAAAAGAGAGAGCAAGAAAAAUUGAAUAGUCAAGAACAAUCUGGUAGUAGCUGACUGGUAUAUCCUGUUAACUGAAGAGUGGUCAAAACAUGUGAUAUUUCUAGAUAAAAUUAUGAACUUUAAUGUAUAAACUUUUUACUAUUUA